AUGCAUUUCUUUCAAUUAGCUACGCGCAUUAGGGGGGGCCCUCGCGUGGCUGCUCGCGUUGGGUUCAGGGGGCCUCGCAGUACCUGCAGCAGCAGCAGCAGCAGCAGCAACAGCAGCAGCAGCAGCAACAGCAGUCACUUUACUGGCGCGCUCUCCUUUCCUCUAAACCCUAGGGCUUUAAACCCUCAAACCCUAAACCCUAGAGCUGCUGUGGGCUCUUCUUUAAGCUGCUCUCCGCUGCGGGGCCUCGCGGGGGUUCAGCUCCCAAAGGCAGCAGCAGCAGCAGCAGCAGCAGCAGAUGGUCCUGCUGCAGCAGCGUUUCGUUUCCUCACUAGCAGCAGCCGCAGCAGCAGCAACAACAACAACUACCCAGCUGCAGAGAGCAGCAGCAGCAGCUCCUCAGCAGCAGCAGAAGCAGCAGAACAGGGUGGCGCUGCAGCAACUGACACAGAAACGCGAGAAGUAGCAGAGGAGGCAGCAAGCGAUGAAGAGAUAGAAGAUCUAGAACAACUGAAGUCGCAGCUUGCUGCUGCUCUUGAGACAGCGAAGACUUUAAAAGAAAAUAAUGCGGAGCUCAAAGACAAAUUGCUGCGCUGUCUGGCUGAGCAAGAAAACGCAAGAAUUCGCCUAGCUAAAGAGGCUGCGUCGGCGAGGGACUACGCAAUAUCUUCCUUUGCAAAGGCUUUGUUAGAUGUUGGAGAUUCUCUUACUAACGCGAGGCAGCAGCUUGAGCAGCAGCUAGAAAAGCUGCAGCAGCAGCAGCAGCAGCAGCAACAGCAGCAGCAGCAGCAGCAGAGUUUGGAGCAGCUGAAGCAGUUCGUUGAUGGUAUUUCCUUAACCGACAAUCUCUUUCACAAAACUUUAGAAAGGUUCGGGGUGGAGUCAUACGACCCGAUGGGGGAGAAAUUCGACCCAGCUCUUCAUGAGGCUCUCUUUGAGAUGGACGGGCCGAGCGAUAAGAAGGGCAGGGUCGCGCAGGUGGUGCAGCGAGGCUACAAAAUAAAAGACCGAAUCCUCAGAGCAGCAAAAGUUGGAGUUGUCAAACCCUAA